CCUUGACCUCCAAAGACCGAGACUUUGAACCUUUGGAGGUUUGGAAAACUUUGUUGACUUGAAUAACCCUCCCAGGAACUGAAAUCCCAAUAAUUCCUGCUUUAUCUGGAGAAUUAAGAGAGCAGAUGGUAGUGAAGCUUGAACAACUCGCCAUUAUACAGACAAAUGAGCAAUGAAUUCUUUUCCUGAAACCAAAGCUCGAGUCUUUGGAAUGAGAGGAACAAGAGGGUCUUGGUGGGUCUAUAAAGCUGUUAUUGGUUGUAACGAAUUCUGGAUAUGAAUUAACCAGAUAAGGCUCACUCUCUCCCUGGAGAAGGAGAACAGAAAAAAGAAAGGAAGACAAAAGACAAUUUUAAACUGCCAUUUACUGAGCUACCCUUCUUUAGCUGUAAACCCACCAUAAAAAUAAGGGCAACAACGUAAAUAAUACAAUUUUCACGCCAAAAAUUUUCACCAGGGGAAGAAGAACGGAAGAAACCUUUGGCCUCUGGAUAGCAAGAGCGCAGAAGAAGCCAUGGCGAGUGCUCUCUUAUCGAUUUCGCGCUUCCUACCUUCACAAAAAGCAGAUAGUGAGCAAACUGGAUGUUUCGGGAACCUGAGGAGUUCAUUCCAUGGGAAACUGCUGUGUAAUCCGAACCCUAUGAGGACUCAGAUCAGCAGAAUCCAAGUUGGAAGCCGUACUGCCGUUUUUGCCUCAGUGCUUGGUCGAAGAGCACAGAAGAAAGAAACUGUAAUUCCUGAUCCUGACUACCGGAUCCCCAUUGUUCUUCUUGGUGUGGCUGGUGGCUUAGCCUAUACAGAUAACCUUGUACCAGCAGUACCAGUUGGCUUGCUUGGAUUGCUUCUCUUGUUUCAGACUACCAGGGUGAGAUUUGUGUUUGAUGGUCAGGCCUUGGAGGUAAAAGUAGGAGAGCAGCUUGAGGAAUCAGGCGAAAAUGUAUUCGUUGGUGGGAAAAACAGAUGGAAGUAUUCUAGUUUUGUCAACUGGGAACUAUGGUGGCCUAACUUCCCUAUCCUGGUAUACUUUAAGGAGACCCAAACAAAACCUGAAGGCCAAAUCCACUUCUUCCCUGUCAUAUUCGUAAGUAACAGCCGAUGCUAAGAUUAUUCUUCCAAGGGCGGGUAAUGGAGACUAUUGUUACCAAAACCAGAAUGGCAAACAGCUUUAUGAUGUUAUGGUGGAGAGAGCUGGUCCCUCGAAAACCAGUGCACCAAAAUGAUCCUGAGAAGGCUUCAGUUCUAUGUUGAUGAUUGACCAGUAUUUCUUUCGAGGUUCAGAGAAGCAGAACAAAAGAAGUUCCAAUUUAAUGAUGAAGAAGCACAUCACCAGAUCAAAGUCACAUGUAUAGAAUUGCAGAAAGAAUGCUUGUCGUCUAUCAUUCAAUCAAGAAUUGUACAAUGUAAAUGCAAUUAGUCUGUUGAUCUCUAAGUACACUAGUCAUAGAUAUAUAAUCAAAAUCCGAGUGCAAACUCCUACCCUUGUUUUCCUUCCUCCUUCCAGUUCUUUCUAAUAAAAUUAAACUUCAAUGUACAAUCCUCGCAAGCAAAUGAACAUUACAAAAAUGAGAUCCUGAAUGAAUAAUGAAUCCUGGAAUAUCAGCUUUCUACAUUAAUCAUGUCAAAAACUUUAGCUCUUGGUGCAGUGGGCGUCCGUACCAUGUUGGGUGCAAUCAUGGUAGCCAACCGUCUGCAGGAAAUCUCGAAUCUCUUUGGCACUGCUAUUGCUGGCUUGAAGCAGGCGCUCGUCUUCUUCAUAAAUAAUGUAGGGGGCUUCACCCUUCUUUCUGGAGAGUAAUUUGGAGGCUCCUUUGAGGACAUGAUAUUCCCAACCCUGGACAUCGAUUUUGAGCAGAAGCACAGGCUGUGAAUCUGGGAUCACUUCAUCCAGAGGGAUCGUCCUUACUUGAACUGCUACUUCCUCAUUCGACUUGAAAGCCAGUUUUGCACCGAUGGCAGAGAUAGCACUAUUGUCGAGCCGCCCGACCAACUUAUAGAAAGUGAUAUUCCCAACAUGAUCCGAAGCAGCAGCUUCAAAAACAGUAACCAACUCCCCAACUCUAUUAAACCAAAUCCCAUCACAGAGCCGCUGCAGAUUCUCCAUAACAGGCUCAAAAGCCAGCACCUUGAACCCCAUAACCGCAGCUGCAAAGCUCGCCAUUCCCACAUUGGCACCAACAUCCACAACCAGCCCGCCAUCAUUUCCCCCUUCCUUCUUCAUCCCUUCGAGAAUCCCCUGAAUCGUGGCGGAGAUAUCAGGCUUCCGAAACAGCUUCCCCUUGAGCAGCCGGACGAGGUUCUUGUGAGGCUUAUCGGGCAAGGAUCCGAAAUCCGGGAGCGAGUAGAGGAAAGGGUAAUUGACAUUUUCGACUAAGUUGGCGACUACAGGGUGAGCUUGGGGCGAAUCGAAGCAGUUGAAUUGGGGGAUUGGAUAGGGCUUUGGGGAGGGAGUGGAGAGGGAGAGAGAUGGCGUGAGAUUGGGGUCUGAAGGGGAACGGAAAGCGAGGAAGAGGAAGAGUAGGAGGAGGGUGAGGGAGAGGAGAAGGAGCAGGAGUGGCUUUGGAGAGAGUAGCUUUGGGUGUCUGCUUUCUCUUCUCCAGCCAUUUGCCAUGGGAGAAUGAAUGAACGGGUUAAGGAGUUCUUUCUUCCCCUUCCUGAAAAAUUUCCCGGGAAAGCUAUGGAGGUGGCGUAGUUUUAACGGGGAAAGAUCCGGGAGUUUGGAUCUGGAAAAUUGAGAAAUGGGUCGCGGGAUCUCUCUUCUGUGUCUUGGUACUUUUGAUUGAAGAAACAGAGUGCAGUGACGACUGACGAUGGCUGAAGCAUGGAGUUCCUUUACUUUAAGAACAGUUGCUACUGAAGGACUAGUUAAAUUCAGUUGAAAUGUCUCGCGACAAAUAAUUUUUACUUUUUAGAGGAAAGCCCUGUCGUGAAGUUGCACAUUGCACUAACGACUCUCUGGCAAGAUGCAAG